AUGGCUUCCACCGUCCCCCAAGUCGUUCUCUUCGGAGACUCCCUCUUUCAGCAGUGCUCGGAUCUUCAGGAGGGCUUCUCUUUCCAAGCUGCUCUACAGUCGAACUUUAUUCGACGUCUGGAUAUCAUAAACCGAGGCUACUCAGGUUUCAACACCGAUAUCGCUCUCAGAUACCUUCCUGAAAUCUUUCCUGAGCGCACAGCCUCCUCACCAAAGAUGGACUACUUGGUCCUUCUGUUUGGUGCCAAUGAUGCUGUGCUCCCAGACGCUUUCACCAAGCAACAUGUCCCCAUUGAUCGAUAUAAGAAGAACCUCAAAGAAAUCAUGAACCACCCACGGAUUGCGGCACACAAGCCCCAGAUUCUGUUGGUGACUCCUCCUCCUCUGGAUGAAAUCAAGGCCACACCCCGAUCUAUCGAGAAUGGCCACAAAGGAGCCGUUCGAAAGUCCACUGUCACCGCUGCCUACUCCGAAGUUGCCCGCCAAGUCGCACGAGAGCACCCUGGUGUGAUCCUUAUCGACCUCUGGCAAGCGCAGAUGGACAAGGCAAUCUCCCUCGCCCCCUCAGACUAUACACCUGACGGGCCAUGGCUUGGUGAUCCCGAGAAUGGCAAGCAGGGUGGUCUGGACAGCCUCCUUCAUGAUGGACUCCAUAUGAGCGGUGCUGGUUAUCAGGUUUUCUACGAGACCCUGAAGCCAUUCAUCGGAAAAGAGUGGCAGGGCCUUGCAGGCGAUGAUCGAAGGGGUUUCGUCAUUCCCGACUGGCGAGAGCUUCUUGAACUCCAGCCUGAUCUGAACACCGGCGAUUAG